AUGCUCAUCAAUGGACCGGCUGAGUGGAGCGAGGCGCUGAUCCCAACCGGCAUUAAAGGCAACGUGCUGCACGAUGGAUACAACCCGAGACUGCAGGCGGCGGCGAUGCCGGUUGGCCCGACUGUAGUCAUCACGUGCUAUGCAGACACGGACAAGUCUCCAGGAUUUGGACGAGGCGUAUUGGAUAAACCAGCAGAUACUUUGAUUUUACAUGAAGACGACUCGAACGGUGAUCGAUAUCGGCUAGUUGCUUGGUCUUCCGGCUCAACUGAGUCAAGCCUGCUCGCUAUUGCGUCGACGACUCAAGUGGAAAUUUGGGAAGUCACCAAAGAAAGUGGCAUCUCGGCAUCACUGAGGGGAUCUGUAGAGAUUGAUCGCCCACAAGGGUUGGCUUGGAGCCCGUGCAGCAAUUUUCUACUGGCCUACGCUAAGACGGAUAUCUUGCUUAUCACCAUUAUGGGGUCAUCGCUUUUGUGGCGGGCGAUUCACACAGAUUGCAGUACACGGCAUGCGUGGAAUGCAUGCUCAUGGAGUCCUUGCGGGCUUCAAGUAUCGUUAGCGCAGAAUCACAUACUUCAUUGCUUCAGUUGGACGAACGUCGACGCAUUACUCUUAGAACCUCCUAUGCAUGUCCAGAUCGACGCGAGCAGUUCCUUGAAAGGCACCAAUGGACUUCAGUUGGACGUUGAGAAUGCAUCUGUUGGUCCCAUUGCUGCAAUUGCACGUGUAUCUCCAACUAUUUGCAUUAUCGCCACGGAUACCAAAUUGAUUCUUGAAGAUAUCUCCCGAGCAGCUCCAACGUUGAACUCGAUGCUGAAAAACACAAUUCCGAUUGAAACGCCGUCGGUAUCAAAUUUGGUGCUGCAACCGGGAAGCUCAACCGAUAUUCAAGAGCAAAUAGCGUCUUCGUCCAGCGAUAUCAUCGACUUGACAUCGAUGCGCAUCUCAAGCAGCUCCCAGAGUUCACUGCAAAUAUUGAAUCGCACUGAGGAUACCAGAAUUGCCCAACGAGCGAAACCUCGUUCCCACUUGCUGAUUGUCGAAUACAAAGCACAGCAGUGGAACGUCAUUUCUACCCUCGAUCUGCCGCACUUGACCUCUCCCGACAUCCUCGUUGUCCAGGUUCGUCGCAAUUCUCCAGCGUGCUCAGCAAUUCGUUCUCACGCACAUAUUUUGUUAAGCAGGACAUGCGGGUUAUCGUUGGAAGCACCUUGUCGCCGCAUUUAAUGGUUACACAUUUGGAUGUUUCUGAACGCAUGCAGUGGACGGCCUCGCUAUCCGGUGAAAUGGAACUUCCACCGACACAUGUGUGUAGAGGAAUCUACCUUGGAGAGAGGUCUCCCUUUGCUGAAGUCGCGUCGAUCGAGAAACGCAAGCGCGCUAUGUUUUUCCACGCUGCUGCAAAUAACGAGCCGCAGCCAAUUUACCUGUCCAAGUUCAAGGUGCCUCGCCGUGCUCGACCAACAUUCAGUCCCAAGUCAACCAGUAAUGAGCAGGAAGCGCCAGUAGCUCCUGAUAAGACGCCGAGGAGCUCUGAGGACGAGAACGGCAACAGCGGUGAGAGCAAAGACCUGUUGGAGCUGAUCCUCGCGGAGAUGAUGGCCAUGCAGACGCAGUUGAACGCUCGCUUCGACAACGUGGACAAGAAGCUGCAGCAGUUGGCAGUGCGGGUCGAGCAACUGGAGCAUAAUGGUGCCAAGUAAUCGUCUAGCAGCAACAAUGUAGCCAUUUUACCAUCAUUC